CCAUCUCGACCAAUCUUGUUAUUCUAGUCCCUUGCGGAACUCAAUUUAACAUACAAAAACUUUUUACACAGCAAGAUAUAACUUCAGAGCCUUCGUUAAAUUUGAUGUUCCGAAUCCCCAUUCUGAGCCCAUUUCGUUCCGAGUCCACAGAAUCCCAUCGUCCAGAUCAAGUCAAUAUAGCUUCCAGUUACUAUACCGAGCUAUAAUCUAGUUUACCCUAUCAGCCAUGCUCGCCAAUGGAGCUACCGGGCCUCCAGAUCGUCGAACCUUUGAAAUUGCCAUAUUCUGCGCCCUUGUUGUUGAGGCGGAUGCUGUGAUAGCGCUGUUUGAUGAGAUCUGGGACCAGGAUGGGCAGUUCAUGAAGGCCCAUGGGGACAACAACAGCUAUACGAUCGGCCUAAUGUGUCAGCACCGCGUUGUUCUAGCUCAUAUGCCUCGUAUAGGUAAGGUGUCGGCAUCAACCGUCGCAGCGAACCUCCGUUUUACCUUCCCACACAUUCGACUAGGCCUAUUGGUUGGCAUAUGCGGUGUGGUGCCUCUCACACAGGCCAAACGGGAGAUCCUUUUAGGAGAUGUAAUCAUCACGACUCAUGUUAUACAAUCGGACUUUGGAAUGCUAUAUCCACACAUUUUCGCUCGGAAUAAUCUGCUGCGGGAUAAUCCAGCAAGGCCGAGCGAGGAAAUAGCCUGCUUCUUAUCCAAACUACAGGAAAAAGCCGUUCAAAGCAAACUAAGAGAUCGAAUGCGAACCAAUCUUCGCACCAUAUCCAGCUCACCUGAUUUUGCGCUUUCAACAUACCCUGGGGUCGAAGAGGAUAAAGUCUUCGAGGCGGCUUAUAUCCAUAAACAUGAUACAAAGGCGUGUGCAACUGGCAUUUGCUCCGACGAUGAUGUCUGUCCUGAAGCCUUGGAGAUGUCGUGUACUGAGCUCGGGUGUGACUUGGGUAAAUUAGUACCUCGGACUCGAAUCCAACAAAUGGCCGAGACAGGGUCCAGCCUUAUGUAUCACUCCCCAGAAAUACACUUUGGUGGCAUGCUUUCAGAUGACCAGGUCAUUAAGUCAGCCCUCCAUCGCGACCUCAUCGCUCAAAAGGAAGGGGUGAUUGCUUUUGAGAUGGAGGGAGCAGGCCUAUCGGAAACAAUACCAACUAUGGUAGUCAAAGGGUCAUCUGACUAUGCAGAUAGUCAUAAGAAUAAAAGGUGGCAGCCUUAUGCCGCUGCAACGGCUGCAGCCUGCAAGGCCAGUUCAGGGCGUAUCUCGGGAUAA